AUGAAGGUGUCGGAGAAAGAGGCAGCUAGGAUACACAAGUUCGUGUGUCGGCAGCUCGAUGCUAAGCCAGACUUAAGCUCACUGACCUUAGGAAUUUUAAAAAAGCGAUAUCUGGCACACGUGGGAUGUGAAUCAUUAAGUUCAGAGACCAGAAAUUUCAUGAAACAGGUGGUUCAAGAGGAACUGAUGAAAAUGCAGGAAAAUGGACAUGAUUUGGAGACAAAGAUGCCUCAAAACAAAAGGAAAAGAGAAGAGGAAAAUGACGAGGUGAUAAGUGAGAGAGAGAGUGAAGAUGAAUCCCGUGCUAAGAAAUCCCGUCGUCAAUUAAGCUCAUCAGAAUCCGAGGAUAAAGAGGACCACAAGACAGGAAGUGAGGAGAGUGAAGAGGAAGAGCAAAUUAAAACUGCAUCUGGGGACGAGGAGCAAGAGGUGAAAAAAUCAAACAGCAAACAGCAGAUGAACAGUGAAAACUCAUCAGAUGACGAAAAGAAUGAGUCUGAAAAAAAUGAGAGUGAUAGUAGCUGCGCUGACAGUCCCAAAGAAAAGGUGAAAAAGACACCAAAUACUACAAAGAAUGGAGCAAAAACGAGCAGUUGUAUGAGUCCAGGGAAGAAAAGGCCACAGAGUGAUGAAGAGGAUGAAGCUGACUCAGAAAGCGAAUCAGAAAAGAGGGACAAAAACAAUGUGAAUGAUUCCUCUGAUGACAGUGAAAAAGAAGGAAACGUCUUGGUGGAAAAGAAAAUGAAUGGGUCAGAUUCAGAUUCAUCAUCGCUCACAUCACUGGAGGGUGAAAAGGGCAGUGAGACAGAAAAUAAGCAAAAUACUGAAAAGAAGAAAGCGGUGGGAAACAAGGAGAGCUCAAAAAGUCAAAAGGAUAAUGACAAAACAAUAGCCAGACUCAAACGCUACAUAUCUCUCUGUGGCGUGAGGCGCAAUUACAAGAAGAUCCUCCAAGACUGUCGCUCUGCUCGUUCCAUGGUGGCUGUUUUAAAGAAGGAGCUCGAAAAUCUUGGUGUCCAAGGUAAUCCAUCUAUUAAGAAAUGCAAAGGAGUCAAAAUGAAGAGAGAACAAGAUCAGGAACUGGCUGAGCUUGAUGUGAGCAACAUCAUUGCCACAGAAGGUCGACCUAAACGGCGAGGAGCCUCAGCAUCGAAGAAACAACAAAACACUCCCUCCUCUGCAUAUCAGCGCACUUUGAACUCUGGCUCUGAUAGUGAUGAGGAAAAUACACAGAAAGGGCGCAGAAGAGCAAUAGACUGGACCAACCUGCAGGGAAUCAUCAGUGAUGAUGCAGACAGCGACUGACAGGGACAGUUCUUCACCAGGUGUUCAGAUGUCACUUGGAUAUGGACAUUACUUUUCCUCUGUUCAA